AUGGCACCCUCAGCAAUUGUGGCUCCCGCAGUGACGGAACAGGAUGUUCCAAUCGCUACCAAAGGCAGACCGCUGCCGUUGGAAUCGUCCGGUCUCCUUGAUCAAUUCGAGCAAUUUGAUGUAACUCCAGUCAUCGGCACGGAAUUCUCAAUAUCCCAGCGCGGUGUCGUUUUCUUCCGUGCCCAAGACGACCUUACGAACGAUAUUCAGAAGGCAUUGGUUCAGCGACUCGGCGAACUGACGGGAAAGCCAAAAACCUCGGGCCUGCACAUUCACCCGUUGGUAAACUCUAGCCGGGAGUUUGGAGGAUCCGAUCUGGAGAUCGGCACAAUCAGCUCUGUCAAGCUCAAGAAGCUUUAUGGCAGCGCUGAAGGUAAAGAACCUCCUGCAAAGACGCUGGGCGCUGGACUGUGGCAUUCGGAUAUCGCCUUCGAGCCGGUCCCCGCUGAUUAUUCCUCGCUUCGACUUGUUGAACUACCCAAGACCGGGGGAGACACCCUCUGGGCAUCCGGAUAUGAGCUCUAUGACCGUAUCAGUGAACCAUACCAGAAGUUCCUUGAGGGUCUCACGGGGACCUUCGCUCAACCGGGAUUUAGCGCCACUGCAGCUCGCGCCGGCUUCGAGCUCUAUGACAAGACCCGCGGUGCACCUGAAAACGUUGGUAGCGCGAUGAAAGCAGUGCAUCCCAUUGUGAGGACCAACCCUGUGACAGGUUGGAAGAGUCUUUUCUCCGUUGGUGGCCAUAUCCAGCAUAUCAAUGGACUGACGGAAGAAGAGUCUAAGUCCCUCCUGAGCUGGUUCUUAGAUUUGAUAUACAAGAACCACGACCUGCAGGUCCGCCUCAAAUGGAAGAACCCGAACGACAUCGCGAUCUGGGACAACAGAAGCACCUUCCACAGCGCAACCUUCGAUUAUGACGGCCAGGGUGAGCGCCUCGGGAACCGAGCGGUAGGAUUGGCUGAGCGACCGUAUUUUGAUCCUAAUAGCAAGUCACGCAGGGAAGCUCUGCGUGAGCAUGCUCCUGGUGAGAAGAUUCGUGUAUGA